AUGACUUUUGAUUCAUUGUUUCUGAGGGAAAUCGGUGUUGCACUUCUCAUCUUCAGCAUCUCACACCUCAUCAUUCGCUUACUCCUCAGAAGCAGUUAUAAAAAUAUCCCACCAGGUCCAAAAGGAUGGCCAAUUCUUGGUGCUCUACCACUAUUGGGGACCAUGCCUCAUGUCACACUCGCAAACAUGGCCAAGAAAUUUGGACCCAUCAUGUUCCUCAAAAUGGGAACUUGUGACACAGUAGUUAUCUCAAGCCCAGAUGCAGCCAGAGCAUUCCUCAAGACCUUAGACCGUAAUUUCUCAAACAGGCCCACUAUUGCUGGUUCAACCCAUUUGGGGUACAAUUCACAAGACCUAGUUUUUGCAGAUUAUGGGCCUAAAUGGAAGCUGCUUAGGAAACUAACCAACUUGCACAUGCUUGGGGCGAAGGCUCUUCAGGAUUGGGAGCAUGUGAGAGAAACUGAGGUAGGACACAUGCUGAGAGUUAUUCAUGAGUUUGGUAAACAAGGGGAACCAAUAGAGGUGGGAGAUUUGUUGAGUUGUGCAAUAACAAAUAUGGUGAGCCAAGUGGUACUCAGCAACCGCAUAUUUGCAAACAAAGGGUCAGAGUCUAAGGAGUUUAAGGACAUGGUGGUGGAGUUCAUGACAAUAUCUGGGGUUAACAUUGGUGAUUUUGUACCUUGUAUUGCUUGGAUGGACUUGCAAGGUGUGGUUGUUAAGAUGAAGCGUUUGCAUAAGAAGUUUGAUGUGUUUUUGACUAAGAUGAUUGAGAAGCAUGUGAAGUCUGCUCAUGAGCGUAAGGACAAGCCAGAUUUUUUGGAUAUUGUGAUGGCAAAUGGUGAAGAUCCCUCUGAGGAGAGACUGAGUUUGUCCAACAUUAAAGCUCUACUAUUGAAUUUGUUCACUGCAGGCACAGAUACAUCAACUAGCAUCAUAGAAUGGGCACUAGCUGAAAUGUUGAAAAACCCAAACAUCCUAAUAAGGGCACAGAAAGAGAUGGAGCAAGUAAUAGGCAGGCAAAGACUACUUGUUGAAUCUGACCUACCUAAAUUACCAUACCUUCAAGCAAUUUGCAAGGAGACAUAUCGGAUGCACCCAUCUACACCCCUUAGUGUUCCCAGGGUCUCAACUGAAGCAUGCCAAGUUAAUGGCUACUACAUCCCCAAGAACACCAGGUUACUUGUCAAUAUAUGGGCCAUAGGGAGAGACACCAAUGUGUGGGCCAACCCAUUAGAGUUCCAGCCAGAGAGAUUUUUUUGUGGAAACAAUGCAAAAAUUGAUCCCAGUGGAGUUGAUUUUGAGUUGAUUCCCUUUGGAGCUGGAAGGAGGAUUUGUGCAGGGUAUAGAAUGGCUAUUGUGGUCAUUGAGUACAUUUUGGGCACUUUGGUGCACUCUUUUGACUGGAAGUUACCAAAUGGAGUAGAGCUAAACUUGGAUGAAGCAUUUGGACUCACUCUGCAAAAGGCAGUGCCUCUGUCAGCUAUGGUUAGCCCUCGGUUGGUCCCAGAUGCUUAUGUUUGAUAUGAUGCAUAUAGCUAUUGUCUCUAUUUAUAUAUGCUUACUUGAUAUGAGUUGCGUAUGUUAAUUAUGUGAGAAAUUUAGACCAUUUAAACAAAGUUACAAUAAGAUCAAAGUAUUAAGUUAGGGCUUGUA